AUGGUGCCGGGCUUCCUCCCCUGGGGACGUUCGGCUUUCGCGCUACCCCGCGUCAUGGAAGCUCGGCCGUCUCUGCUCUUACCAUUCCUCCUGCUGCUGCUCCCCCUCCUAGCCUCCAACACGGCCACCGCGGCGAGGGACGGCUGCAGCGAGGGCUGCGACCUCGCGCUGGGCUCCUACUACGUCACGCCCAACACGAACCUCUCCUACAUCGCGCAGCUCUUGGGCUUCUUCAACUACCGAACGUUCGGCAAAUAUAACCAAGGGUACCCCAAUCUCGACUUCUUGGCCGCCGGGGACCGCGUCGACGUCUACUUCUCCUGCGAGUGCCUCGCACGGCCCUCCACCUACCUCGCCUCCUCCAUCCCCUACAAAGUCGCCACCGGAGAAACCUACGUCAGCAUCGCCAGCAACUACAACAACCUCACCACCGCCGACUGGCUGCAGGCCACCAAUACCUACCCGCCCAACAGCAUCCCCGACGGCGCCACCAUCCAGGUCACCGUCAACUGCUCCUGCGGCGACGCCGGGAUCUCCACGGAUUACGGGCUCUUCCGCACAUUCCCGCUCAGGGACAAUGAGACGCUCGCCUCCGUCGCCACAACUUAUAACUUCUCCUCGCCGGAACAGAUGGACCUACUCAGGAGGUAUAAUCCGGGCAUGGACGGUGCCACCGGGAGCGGCAUCGUCUAUAUCCCUGCCAAAGAUCGCGCUGGAAGUUACCGUCCUCUUAAAUCAGCAGCAGGCCAGACGCCUACCACAUGGCAUAGUUAUCCACGUGGAAAAAGAGUUUCAGCAGGAGCUAUAGCAGGAGGGGCUGUGGCUGGUGUAGUUGCACUAGUCUUAGGUGUCUUGUUAUUCUUGUUUUAUAGGCGAAGAAAGGCGAAACAGGAUGUCAUGCUUCCAUCUUCUGGAGAAUCUACCCGGCUAGACAGUACAGUAUUAAUGCAAAAGGUGACACCAUUGACCACUCAAGCUGACGUAGCUUCACUAGCUGCUGACAUUACAGUUGACAAAUCAGUGGAGUUCACAUACCAAGAACUUUUUAAUGCUACAGAAGGCUUCAACAUAACUCAUAAAAUAGGACAAGGUGGUUUUGGUGCUGUGUAUUAUGCUGAGCUUAGAGGCGAGAAAGCCGCCAUUAAAAAAAUGGACAUGCAGGCUACUCAAGAGUUUCUUGCCGAGUUAAAGGUUUUGACACAUGUUCACCAUAAGAAUCUGGUGCGCUUGAUUGGUUAUUGCAUAGAGAGUUCUUUGUUCCUUGUCUAUGAAUUUAUCGAGAAUGGCAAUUUAAGCCAACAUUUGCGUGGAACUGGUUAUGAGCCUCUUUCUUGGGCUGAAAGAGUUCGGAUUGCACUAGAUUCAGCAAGAGGUCUUGAGUACAUUCAUGAGCAUACCGUUCCAGUGUACAUACAUCGGGAUAUCAAAUCCGCAAACAUCUUGAUAGACAAGAACACCCGUGCAAAGGUUGCAGAUUUUGGUCUGACAAAGCUUACAGAAGUUGGUGGUGCAUCUUUGCAAACGCGUGUUGUUGGUACAUUCGGUUACAUGCCUCCAGAAUAUGUUCGAUACGGUGAUAUUUCUCGUAAGGUUGAUGUGUAUGCCUUUGGUGUUGUCUUGUACGAACUUAUCUCAGCCAAAGAUGCCAUCGUCCGAUCAACUGAUGGAUCUGCUAGUGGUUCAAGGGGACUGGUUUAUCUGUUUGAGGAGGCCCUCACUGCACUGGAUAAGAAAGAAGGCCUACAGAAGCUGAUUGAUCCGAAGCUGGGAGACGACUAUCCCAUGGACGCCAUUCUAAUGAUGAUGCACUUGGCGAACGCAUGCACAGGGGAGGACCCCAAGCUGAGGCCCACGAUGAGGUCCGUGGUUGUCGCGCUGAUGACGCUCUCUUCCAUGAGCGAGUUCUGGGAUAUGAAAAACCCGGGCUUGGUGAACCUCAUGUCCGGGAGAUAA